AUGUGGUUUGAAAUUUUGCCAUCGUUAGGUAUUAUAGUUGGUGCAUUGGCAUUUCCACACAUCUCUUCUUAUUACGUCAAUUAUAUACUCGUAGGAAAUAUGUUUAGAAGAAAUAUGGAAAGUAUGGAGGAAAGACUACAGUACUUAAGAGACAGAAGGCUUACCAAUAAUCCUUAUAAAAUCCAGGGAUUAGACGCUAUUCCAGAUGAAAGUGAAGAAACUGAGACAGUAUUAAAAGAACAAGAUAGUAGUGACGACAAAUGCUAA